CACACGUCACGUGUGAGACCCGUUGCCCUAGCGACCUGUGCCGGGAUCUUCGGAGCCGCAACCGACCACACUUCCUUCUAGAGAUCUGUUGGACCAGACGCAGGGAUAUGGCUGUGUCCUUCCGCGGCCUGUCCUUAUCGGCUCACUCCGAGGGCUUGAGUGAGGUCGACAAGAACUCAGGGGAGCCUGAGAACACCUACAUUCUGAGGCCCAUUUUCCAGCAAAGGUUUAGACCCUCUGUGGUUAAAGACUGCAUCCAUACUGUGCUCAAGGAAGAAUUGGCAAGUGCUGAAUAUUCUCCAGAUGAAAUGCCUCAACUCACAAAACGUCUAUCAGAAAUGAUUAAAGAUAAGCUAAAAGAAUUGGGAUAUGACCGGUAUAAAAUGGUGGUGCAAGUGGUGAUUGGAGAGCAGAGGGGUGAAGGAGUAUUCAUGGCUGCUCGCUGUUUCUGGGAUGCAGACACGGACAACUACACUCACGAUGUUUUCAUGAACGACAGCUUAUUCUGUGUGGUGGCAGCAUUUGGGUGUUUCUACUAUUGAAUCGUUGGGAAGUGUGACUUCAAGGAACCUUAACUUUUUUAUAUUGUUAAAUUUCCUGACCAAAUAAAAACAAGUUGGCACUUUGGUACCUAAAAUCUGUUAAGUUGUAUAUGUUUAAAUGGCUUGAUUUUAUUAUGUUAUCUCUGCCCUUUCUACAUUUGGAAAAUAUAGAGAAAAAGGGGAAAAUUCAUUUUAAUAUGUCAGAUGACUAGAUACUUGGGUAUAUUUUCUAUUCAUUGUUCCUUAUAAGAUGUAAAAAAAUAUUUAUAAAAUAAAUUGUGUGUUUUCACCCCUUA